AUGCCCUUCAAACCUAAUUGGGAUGAAGAUCUUGCGAAAAAAGCACCAGUCAAACACAAAGUUCCCGUUCAGGAAUUAGUUCAGUUUCAUGAAAAGCGUGUGAAACAUUUGGCAGAAGACCUGUUCGUCGAAACCUUACCAGAAGUCGGCUACGGGAGCGAACUGAGAGAAGAAGACUACGACGUACAAAGUGGCACUCCUUUCUUCCCUUCUGGAAUUUUCACGAUGAAAGGGCAAGAUGUUCUCUAUCUUGUUGGACUGGAAAAGAUAGUUUCAAAACUCUCUAGGGAUAAGAAAUGCAAUCAGCCAUUGGAGAACAUGCAGUGUCAUUUCUGCUUUACCGACUUUUCACCUACAUGGGGGAGGCUGGAAGAAGAAGACGACGAGAAGAUUGUCUGCGAGGGCACGGCUCUAAAAUCAGAUAAAACUAAAAAUGCUAGAAUCGCUUUUUCCUACGCCAAAACCAUGGCUGAGCAGCUGCAAGCGACCGUCCACUGCACUCAACAAAUCCGGGAGAAAAAAAUCAAGAAAACUGACGAAGAAGAAAAGCCAGAAAAAGACGAGGAGGUCGAGGAGAAAGAAAACGAAAGUCCUCAAAAUCUCACUGUUCCUGGAUCACAAGACAAUCCAAUUGUGCUCUAA